AAUGGUUCGCCGAAAACCAAGCGACAUGUAUCGUCAAUUGUGAGCAAGAAAGACAGCGAACAACCUCUAAACGGCAGUACAUUUUGGCAUUGUUGACCAAAAAAAAGUUGUUUGUGCAUUUAAAGGUGUUUUUUAAAGAGUUUCUUUAACCGAAAAUAUUCCGCAAAAUUUGUGUGUUUUCGAUCAAUACAUCCAGCUAAAAUAUGUCGGCCGAAAGCCAAACAACGGGAAAUACUAACCUGAAGAAACAGGACUUAUCACAAUUGGAUAUCUCAACAUUGACACCAUUAUCUCCGGAAGUGAUAUCGCGUCAGGCGACCAUCAACAUUGGUACAAUUGGUCAUGUAGCUCACGGUAAAUCAACUGUGGUGAAAGCAAUUUCUGGUGUGCACACCGUUCGUUUCAAGAAUGAAUUGGAACGUAACAUUACAAUCAAAUUGGAGCGUAUAACACCCGAACAAAUUCAGGAAUUGUGUGAAUCACCCACCAAAUUACGACAAUUUGCCAAAGAACAAUUGAUAAAGUAUCCAAUACGUGAUUUGUCCAAGCGAAUAGUUUCGAAAGAUCAAAGCUUAAAGGGUAAAUCUGCCACUAUGAACACCACCCCAACAUCAUCUGCUACCACAAACAAGCGUAAAGCUGACACCAAAUUGGACGGCGAACGACAUGUGAAAAUUCCGAAAUUUUGCGAUUUGUUUGGUAUGAAAGAGAAGGAUGCAUUGAAUAAAAAAUUCUUCGGUGGUAGCACAACAACAUCGAUAAAUGGUGAUGAAGCAUCGAGUACAACCUCACAACGUUUGACAAUACAUGAUCUCACCUACACAGAUGUUGACAGUGAAUGUUCAUUGAUUGAAAUGAAUCUGCGACGUUUGUGUGCUCUGUGCAAAUUGACACACCCCGAAUUCAAGCCACCAAUCAUCCCAAAGACAGGCAAUAUCACAGUCACCGAGAACGGUGUACACGAGGUUGAGUACAAAGUGAGCAAAGUCAUCAAGUUGGAAUAUGAUUAUAAAUUGAAGCGGCCAUCGUUUGAGGUCAGAUGGGAAGGAUAUACCGAGGAAGACAACACAUGGGAGCCCAUCAAAAAUAUUUGGGAUUGUAGGGCAUUCCAAGAAUUUACCGAUCAAUUCAUCCGUUCGAGACGGACUGACAUGGAACAGCUUUGGAAUGAAAUGAUUGAAACAAUUGUAAAUGAGUCACUCGAACCGAAUCUCACCAAUUUGGAGGCCAUUGAACAAAUCAAAAAGUUCAACUACAACGAUUUUCUUGCACAUUUUUUUAUGAUGAUUCGUAUGCGACGUGCAAAAUUGGAUCAAACCGAUAAAUCGUAUCAAACUGUAUACGAUAUUCUGAUGAAUGACAUGAAACACUUAAGCUACUAUUAUCGACGGUUGGAUCAGUUACAGAAUAUGCACGAGUUCCAGCAACGCAUCAACAUUGUCGAUCAAUCGAAAAAUUUGCACGUAGAAAAUGUGAACGAUUUUGAACUGCCACCAAUGGAUAAUUUCACCUACACAAACGAUGUGAUUCCACGCGAUGGUAUUAUCAUUCCAGACGAUCCGCCGGUCGGUUGCAGUUGUACCGAAGAUGGUGAUGGUGAACCAUGCUCCAUCAAAUCCGACUGCUGUGCCAAGCAAUUCGACGCUCAAUUUCCAUACACCAAACGUGGCCUGAUCCGUGUUCCACAAGGCACACCGGUUUUCGAGUGCAACAAGGCGUGCAAAUGCUCGGAAAAUUGUCCAAAUCGCGUGGUACAAAAGGGCCGCAAGCAAACAUUGUGCAUUUUCAAGACCAAAGAACGUGGAUGGGGCGUACGAACCGAACGAGCCAUUGCCAAAGGUCAAUACAUUUGCGAAUAUGUCGGUGAGAUAAUCUCGCACGAAGAGACCGAACGUCGAGGCAAAGAAUAUGAUGCCGUUGGCCGUACAUAUCUGUUUGACUUGGACUUCAAUGACAAGGAUAAUCCAUACACCGUUGAUGCAGCCAAAUUUGGCAAUGUGUCACGGUUCAUCAAUCACUCGUGCGAUCCAAAUCUUGGCGUUUGGGCUGUAUGGACCAAUUGCUUGGACUUGAACUUGCCAAAACUCUGCCUGUUCACACUUCGAUCGAUCAAAGAAAACGAAGAGCUCACAUUUGACUACAGCAAUUCGACAAAUAGUGGUCGAGAACAAGCCGAUGCCAAUGCCAAUCGAGAACAAGUCGAUGCUGACACCAAUCCUAACGUUCCAUCAACUGAAAUCGACAUCGCCAAAAUUGUAACAAUAAAAGACAAAGUAUCCAACAGGCCAAUCAUUCAAGCCGAAACAAAACAAUCACCAGAUGAAGUGGUCAUUAAAUCGGAAAUCAAAGAAAAAAUCCAAGAGACAACAGAUACAGUCUCAAGCCAAUUGAAAAAUAAGAAUGGAACCGACGCAACAAAAGUACCAGACACAUCUAAAGAUACCAAAAAAGAGGGAUUCACGUGCCAAUGCGGAGCAGCCAAAUGCCGAAAAAUCAUUUUUAUCUAAUGUUUUGCAUAAGUUCAACCAAAUUAUACUGUACAAAUUUCGUGCAAAACGUUCAUUCUAUGUAUUAUUUAGUAUAUUAAGAGAAAAUACCACUUUUUCUUUCUUGUUACUACUUCAUUUUAUUGAUCUUCAGAAAGUUAUUGAUAUUUUCAUUUUUCUUUUCUCUUACACAACUCUGUGUUGAAUAUAAAGUUUAAUCAGCAUGAAUUUCUUGAAUAAAAGUAAUCGUUAAAUUAGCCUGUAAAUCGAUGUUGCGAUAAUAAAAGUUCCACAUUUGAGCAUUAAA